AUGAGCACAAAAAAGAGAUCAAGAAGCUCUUCAGAGCACAAAAUCGACUACAUUAAAAAAAACAAAGAAGAAGCUUCCAAAUCAAAAAAAUCCAGUCAUAUAAGCACGCCAAUACCUAAAUUUAAAUCAAAAUCUCAGCUUAGCUCUCCCAACUCACAUUCUGGAGAAUCUCGGUUCGAAAGCGAUAAAAAUCAGAAUAAUUCUCAGCAUUCUGAGCAAGAGUCUGAAACAAAACCUAAAGAAAAAUCAAGCAUAAAACAUAAUUUAGCUGAUAUUCUGGAAGACACUAAUUCUUAUGACAGCUCAAGCCAAAUAUCAAGAAAUUCUUUACUCCCCCCCCCCAUCCUUGAUCGAACGAUUGACUGUAAAAAUUCCUAAAAAUUGGGAAAAUUAACCCCCAUCCUUGAUCGAACGAUUUUCAUAUCAUGCAAAUUUAUAUAUUUAUAUAUAUUAGUUAUCAAAAGCUUGGGAAAUGUGCCUAAUGAAGUUGUUUUCAGAGGCUUUGAGACGACAGAAAGCUACGAAAUCAACCAUUCGAAGUGAUUUAGUCAUCAGCCUAGGCUUAAAAACUCAAUAAUCUAAUAAAAUAGAGAUUCUUUAAAAUUUUAAAAAAAUCAAAAAUUCAAUAAAGAACAAAUCAAAAUUUAUAAAGUUUAAAGGGGUAACCAAAAAAUCAAAAUAUUAAAAUUGGUAUUCUUAUGAAAUUAAUUCAAUUUUUUGCUGUAAAAAUAAUUAUUAAAUACUCUUAACCCUCUUAAUUAAAAGUAUAAAAAAAAACAUAUUUUUUUUAUUUUAUAUAUAUAUAUAAAAUUUUUUUACCCAAAACAUUUUUUUUUAACCCCCAUCCUUGAUCGAACGAUGGCGAGUCGUUCGAUCAAGGAUGGGGGGGGAGUUAGCAAAAAAUUCGUUAUCAUUGGUAGCCCGCCAAAGUUCAGGAUAUGAAAAUUCAGAAAAAGAUGUUAUAAAUGUGAAUGAGGGUUCUAAAUUAGAUUCAAUAAACCAAGAAAAUUUGGAAGAUUUUAAAGAAUAUCUCCCUCCAACCCCUCCUAGCCAUGAGCCCGGCUCUAUCAUUUAUAAUCCUACUGGAAGUCCUACAGAAGCAAUAGAAUCCAGCAAAAGCAGCCAAGAAAGUGAAGAAAAUGAUGCAAAUAUCACCCCACUGCAGAGUGAAGACCCUAUAUUUAGAAAUGCUGAUUAUUCAGGGAUGAGUAUCAACGAACAAAUCAAGCGAUCAGCUCGAAGAGUAAAAGUCCUUGAAAGCGGAGAAGAAGUCCAAGACACAACAUGAACUGAAGUCAAGCUAAGACUAAGCUCAGCUCAUAAGCUAUUCCAAAAGCCAAUUUCAAAUAACGAAGAUACUGAUAUGGUUCCUGAAGACAAUGAAAGCCAAUCGUCCUUACUCCCCCCCCCUCCGUGAGUGAACAAAACCAUUAGAAAAAUCGAUAUUUUUUGCCCAAAAAACCCACCCUCCGUGAGUGAACAAAAAUUUUUUUAAUAGAAAAAAUUUUUUAUGGAAAAAAGUUUUAUAUAUAAAUGAUAAUUAGUAUAAUGAAAUAUAGAGCUAAUUCUGUUUAAUUUUAAACAAAUUGCGCUUUAAAACAUAAAUUUUUUGCAAAUUGAAUUAAUAUUUGCUUUCCAAUUUUUGCGAAUUAGGAUUUUUUUUAAAUUUUCGAAAAAAAAAUUAACCCCCCUCCGUGAGUGAACAAAAUUUUUUUGUUCACUCACGGAGGGGGGGAGUUAGAAGAAAUAAACAUUUCUAACUCUAGCAGUGUUUUUAAUACAAAAAGUAUACACCAUAUGGACGUAGACAAAGAAAAUUUCACCCCAGAACAUUUGAGAUCGGAAAGAACAUCACAAAAUUCCCAAUUAAGAAGAAGUGCAAGAUUAGCAGAAAAAAAAUCUCGGUUUAGUCAUGGAAAAAGGAAAAGAGACCAAUUAGGAGGAGUUUUGUCAACUGAUAGUGAAAAUUCAGUUAAAAAGAUUAAAAAAUAA